AUGUCUGAAUCAAACGUGGACUUUUCAUUGAAGGAAACUAAACCGAAUAUCGGCGGAGGAAGAGUCUCUGGUAGCGAAAAGCUUACUUCGUCAUUCGACCUCGUCGAACAACUGCAUUUUCUGUACGUAAAAUUGGUGAGGGCCAAAGAUUUACCAGGUUCACCGUGCAAUCCAUUUGCUCAAGUAAAGGUUGGUAACUACAAAGGCACGACGAAGACCGUCGUCAAUAGUCCUGAUCCCGAGUGGAACCAAGUUUUCGCGUUCGCAAAAGAUCGAAUCCAGGCUGUGACCGUGGAGAUAACUGUGAUGAACAAAGAGAGUUUUGUAGGCAAAAUCGGUUUCGAUAUACCGGACGUUCCUAGUCGCGUUCCACCAGAUAGUCCGUUUGCACCGCAGUGGUAUAGUUUGGAGGAUGAACAUGGAAGAAAAGGUGAGAGAGGGGAAUUGAUGUUAGCUAUUUGGAUGGGGACUCAAGCAGAUGAAGUGUUCCCUGAUGCUUGGCAUUCCGAUGCAGCGACAGUUAACGGCGAAAGCAUAUCAAAUACCCGAUCGAAAGUGUAUAUUUCGCCUAGGCUCUGGUAUCUAAGAGUCAAUAUAAUUCAAGCACAAGAUUUGGUGUCUAUGAAUAACAACAGGGUGGUCCCUGAAGUUUACGUCAAAUCUAUGCUUGGGAAUAUGGUUCUAAGGAGUCAAUUUUCGCCCGAUAAGAGCCUAAACCCGACAUGGAACGAGGAUCUGAUGUUCGUCGUGGCGGAACCAUUUGAUGAUCCAUUGAUCUUGAGUGUGGUGAAUAAGUUGGGUGAUAACAAAGAGGAUGUUCUCGGGAGUUGCUCCGCUCAUUUAUCGAAAGUUGAGAAGAGGAUAAUGCCGAUACCUGUAGAGGCAAAUUGGUAUAAUCUCGAGGAAUCAGCUAAUCGAAACAAGUUGGAAGUAAGGUUUGCCAGCAGGCUCCAUUUGAGGAUCUGUUUAGAUGGAGGCUACCAUGUCCUAGAUGAGUCCAUUUAUUACAGUAGUGAUUUCAGGGCAACAUCCAAAUUGUUAUGGCCUCCUUCCAUUGGUGUAUUGGAGCUCGGAAUCUUGAAUGCGUCCGGUUUGCUUCCGAUGAAGUCGAAAGAUGGACGUGGAACGACCGAUGCUUAUUGUGUCGCGAAAUACGGGCCUAAGUGGGUUAGAACGAGGACGAUUGUCGACAGUUUUUCUCCGAAUUGGAAUGAGCAAUACACAUGGGAUAUCUAUGAUCCUUAUACAGUUAUCACCAUCGGAGUUUUCGAUAACUGUCACUUGGAAGGAGGAAGUAAAACUGCAGACUCGAAGGAUCGAAGAAUCGGGAAGGUAAGGAUCCGACUGUCUACACUUAAUGCUGAUCGGAUUUAUACACUUUCUUAUCCACUUAUAGUUUUGGAACCCAAUGGAGUGAAGAAAACGGGUGAAAUUCAAUUGUCAGUGAGAUUUACAUGCUCAUCUACAUGGAAUUUGUUACAGUCUUAUACACAGCCUUUGUUCCCCGAAAUGCAUUACCUUCUUCCGUUAUCCGUAUAUCAAAUCGAAAGUUUGCGGCAUCAAGCUACUCAUAUUCUCUCCUCGAGAUUGCGUCGUGCCGAGCCACCGUUACGGAGAGAAGUUGUGGAGUAUAUGCUGGAUGUUGGCUCCAAUGUAUGGAGUUUAAGAAGGGGCAGAGCUAAUCUCGAGAGACUCCUGGCUGCAUUUAAUCUACUCGUUGAAGCUUGGAAAUCGUUCGAUAAGAUACGCAAAUGGAAGAAUCCAAUCUCGACGAUGACGGUUCACUUUCUAUAUUCUAUCUUGAUUCUCUUCCCCGAUAAGAUAUUACCCUUAGCUUUUCUCAUGUGCAUUGUCCACGGAGCUUCACAGUAUAGGAAAAGGCCAAGACAUCCUCCACACAUGGAUACCAAGUUGUCACUUGUCGAGUCUGUGCAGUCCGAUGAUUUCGACGAGGAGUUCGAUAUGUUUCCGACUUCCAAAGGGGAUAAAGUUCUUAAAAAGAGGUAUGACCGAUUGAGAAGUAUUGCAGGGAGGAUGAUGACAAUAAUAGGAGACUUGGCAACUCAAGCUGAGAGGCUUAAUUCUAUGCUAAGUUGGCGAGAUCCCAGAGCUACUUCAAUGUUCAUGGCCUUUUGUGUAAUCGCUUGUGCAACAUUCCAUCUUGUUCCUUGUCGCUUAUUCGCACUUGGAUUCGGUUUUUUCGCGAUGAGACAUCCUCGAUUCCGAAUCAACAUUCCUUCGUUGCCCCAAAACUUCUUCAAAAGAUUGCCUGCAAGAGCAGAUAGUAUGAUAUGA